AUGCCGCUCACACGCACUCAUUUCCGGAGUAAAUCACGCUCUCCUGCUCCUAAUGCCGUCGGAUCAAUAACCACAGCAAACUUGUCCUCACGUACUCCGGUAUUUCAUCCCCCUUCUUAUUAUGCUGCUGCCGCAGGGAUCGUCCUCCAGGACCAAGCUCUCCCCGCUAAUAUUGUAGCCACAUCACCUGCAUGGCAAUCCCAUCCAUCGCCUGCCUCUCCAUUGUCUUAUCCCACUCAAACGCAAGUCACUGAGUCGUCAUCCUCCGACUCGACGCCAAGCACAUCGACAUCCCAUUUCAAUCGCGUCAGUCGUCUGAUUUCGCGCACUCCGAGCAGAUCUUCGUCCAGUCCUCCACAUCGCUCCAAUUCAAAGUCUUCUCGCCAUGACAAAGAGAAAGGGCUAGGGGAUCGAAGGAAAAGUCAAUUUGUGGAUCUACCACUUGUGGAGAUGCAGCUGAUUCCAUCCUUGCGGGAUACAGUUGACAAGAUGACGCAUCCGAUUCCGAAUAGCAAACACGAUGAAAGUGAGGACGAGUUUGCUGGGGUCUCGGCUUCGGUAAGUGUCACACCCGAUGCUCACGCAGAUUCGGCGACGCGUAUCCCUCCGCCUCCAUCUACCCAGCCCGCGCCUGCUAGUACUGCUAUGUCAAAACUAUCCAUGCCCUAUUCUAAAGGCACCGAAACUGCGCCAGGAUAUUCACGGAUACCUCACUUUUCCUCACCGACAACUAUACCAAAACUGUCUAACACUCCCAAAACCGUGAUGAAAUCGGCCUUGCGUGCUCAGGCUUCCCCAUCUGUCGCGAAGGAUAGUCUUCCGAACACAUGUGGAGUCCAGUCCCUACGAAGAACAAAGCCUUUGAAUGUUCGACCUACGGCAUCACCUGCGUUCGCAUAUUCGGCCAAUCCUGCCAUUGAUUCCAAAAGUUCUUCCGAGAUUCUCGCUCAUCCUCGUAGAUUCGUAAAUCAGGGUACGGGGCAAGGGGGUAGUCUGUUACCCUUACCAAAAACGUCAAAGUCGCAUCCUAAUACCCCUCAAGCUCCCCAGAACUUUCGUGAUUUCGCCACGCCACAGCCGCUUCAGUCCUCCGUGCUAAGAUCGCCCUACGCUUCGAAAAUUCGAUCAUAUAUUCCCCGACCCGGCGCCUCAUCCGCGUCCUCUAGCGAUAGUGGUUCAGAGCUUGAACGGCGAGUUGACCGAUAUUUAAACCCAGGUCGGCUCGUUGUGACGAACGCGCAGAUUGUCCCAAGUUCGUCAGAAAGCACGGAAAGCGACGAUGAUGUUCUGCGAUCCCAACAAUCGUGGAUUGCAGGUAGGCAGGAUCGUCCGACGCCCCCGUCUGGAAUCCCAGUUCGAGGCACGCAGCGAGAGCUAGCUGAACCUCAAUCUCAACGAUCGAUCCGGUUCUCAGGACAUGAUUCAGGAAAGAGACCUAUAGGUCUUGGAUUUGAGCUCGAAACCGCAUUAGACAGGGGGCAACAGCAUAUUAUUGGGGAUGCUGAUGAAGAGCGGGACACACAUGAUGAUUUUUAUACUGGCGCCUCUAUGUCGCGGGUUCAGGCGCAUAUGAAACAACAGGAAGAGGACGAGGGAAGCAUGUACGAAGAGGAGACCACUCCUGACAGCCUCACCCGCUCUCGUUUAUUGGAUGCAGUGACUAGCUAUAGCCCUGCCGCGAGAGAGGACGACGCUCAAAAACGAGAGGAAGCGCUCAUGGAUAUUGUCGAUGGACUCCAGGCCGACUAUGGUACUUAUUCGCCGUCUGGCAGGCGGAGCGUCCUUAGUCAGAGUGAGAGCGACGCUUACUACGAGCAGGGCUUGGCUAUCACCGCGUCGAGCGAUCUUCCAGAUGUGAGCACGAGAAACACGUCUCUGGGUGAUACUCGUGGGUCGUUCUCGCAUUUGACUCGGCGAUCAUGGGAAGAGAGCGUGUACGAUGAAGAGCAGUCCAAUUAUUCGGAAGAAGAUCGCGGAGACGACCUUUUCGAAGAUGAGGAUUCACAUCGUGAUGUCCAGUGGAGACAAUCGCAGCAGGUCGCGCGGGGGUUCGAACAUGCGUCUCCAUCCAAGCAAGGACGUGCUGACGAGAUACAACAAAGUCGAGCUCCCACUUGGAUGAAGCGUCACUCAGGGUUUAUGCCUCAGCCCGCGUCUCCGCGCGAGCCAACGGUUUUGUCCUCUCCACAUUCAGAAAGCGGCAGACGGAGACAAUCUGCAUCACGCAGAACUAGCCAAGUGGGUGAUCGUCCAUUGCUGUCCACUUCUCAAAAACGACGCUCGGUUUAUGAUAGUGAAGACACACUGACGCCUCGAAUGUCGUACAAGGAACAAGGGACCCCUUUUGAUUCUUCCGGCAAGGAGAGCGCGGACAUAUCUGACGCGCGCAAUGACAUGGGUGAUCGCGAGAGAGAAGCGUUUGGGAUACCGCGCUCUCUGUCUUACGGGGCCAGUGAUUCUCCCGGCGACGCUGUACCGGAUAGAGGCGGAGUGGUUCAUAGACAGAGCACUUUGUUGCGAAGCGAAAGUGACGAUUCCAUCAUAGGAGGCCCGCAGGUUGCUAGCAGGAUGUCUUCGACUGAAGGUAAAGGCAUCCUAAGCCGGGGCGCGCAUGCGCUGUUCGAGGUGUUGGCAGAAGGGGAGCGCUCGUCGUCGAGCCACGGUUCGGAGGGACGACCAUGGUCACGGCAAGGAUACGACUCGGCAUCAGGGCGACGAAGUCCGCUGGAACGCAAUUCCGUACAGCAUCUCGAAGAAGCUGUGACUCCUGUGCGAAAUUCACGAUCAAUGUAUGAAGAAUACCAGCCUGAACUGCGACCUGUGAGCCCCCUCCUCUUACCUCAGAGCACUUGGCGGUCAUCCCUCCAGCCUGCUGUAUACAAUUCACUUCUAUCUCGCUAUGGCCAAAUCGAGAUGCAACGCCAAGAGCUGAUCUACGAACUGCUCAAGACGGAGCGGAUGAUCGUCAAGCGGCUGCGAGUUGCUGUAAAGUCAUUCAUUCUACCUCUUCGUUGCCAGAACAGCAAAUCUUGGCUUCCCGGCGUUCCUCAAGAAGCGUCCAGGGUAUUCGACUGGCUUGAAGAUAUAAUGAACCUUCACGUUGAUAUCACCAAUGUCUUGAAAGCAAUCUCGCGCGACUGGAAAGUUGGUUCCAUCGUCGACAUGAUCGGAGAACCGCUUUUGUCGAUAGUGCAGAGGCUCGAGGUGUAUCAGCCGUAUCUCAUCAGGGUUGAUGAAGUCAAGGAGCUGGUAGUCGGAUGCGUGGACGAUCCUCAGAGCGAGUUUGGAGAGUAUAUCAGGAUGAGGGAACAGGAGGGUAUGCCAGAAGGCUGGACACUUGAGAAGUUUCUUGAUGAGCCCAUCGGCAGGCUGCAUGCAUAUGCAGAUAUUUUCGAGAAACUCCUAAGCAUGACACCCAAGCGACAUCCUGAUCAUCUUCCUACAUACUCUCUGCUAUGCACGACGAAGACGAUCAUUAGUGUCAUGCAGGAAGUGUGCGUUCGCGAGGAGGAGUACGACUUCGUCAGAGAUGUUGCGUCACACAUCAGUGGCUUGCCUUCCUCCGCGUCUAUUGCUAAGCGAGAACGUCGAUUGUUACAUCAUGGCCUCCUACAGUUACUUCGUCCAAGGAGGCUUGCGCCGGAGGGCGCUGUCCAACCAACGGUCCGGGUCAAUGGAAAACCGCUCCAGGACGAAUGGACACUAAAGGAUGCAUCGCAACGUGCAUCACGACUUGCUUCUGCCAUUCAUAAGUGGCACGUCCGGCGCGCACGAACGGACUCAAUAAGCUCGAUAUCCUCAUCGUCCUUGUCUUUCCAGUCCUGCGAUAGCGUUUCAUCCUCAAGUAUGGCAUCUACUGUUGCUGCGUGCUGCCGGCAAAGAUUGGAUGUGGAUGUAACUCCACUACAUGCUUUCGUGUUUUCGGACGUGAUCGUCCUUGUGACCGCUGCUUCGGUCAAACAGGAUUCCAGCGGAGCAGAGUAUCAAGACGGAUGGCACCUGCUCCAGGAUAUUGGAUUGUCUAGGAUCCUCUGCGUUACUGCCGGAAACUCUGCUUCAGCGGAUGGCGCGAUCACUCUCGAUUUACUCCCCGUCGAUAUCCAUCAGCUGGAGUCCAGUCUGCGCUCAAAGGCCGGUUUAGUGGUUGAUAUCUCCGUGGUGCUUCCAGACACUCCUGAAGAUUCCAGAAGAGACUGGUUAGCUGCAUUGCAACAGUGUCAGCAGAAUACCGUGCACUCUCUUGUAUUUCCCACUCAUAUUGUGGACAGCGAAUCGCUGCAUGGGGCCGAUCUUGACCUCAAAAACGAUAGCUAUCGUGCUGUGAAGUCCAUUGUCGCCUCAGGGCUUCCGUUUCCGAAGAGUCCUUCCAUGCAACUUGAAGACCAAUCUUCGUCUCGAAGUGGGGAUUCUGUCGAGCAAGAGCGAGAGGAGCGUGGAUGGUGGUCUCUUCGCUUUCAGCAGGUGUUGCGAGAGUUCCAGAGACAGGGGCGAACAGCAUAA